AUGAGUUUAAGAAAGAUAUUCAGAAUAUCAGAUGUGAAAGAAGUGAUUGAUCAGAUCAAUUACCUUGACAGAAAUAGCAUAAGAAGAGUAUUGAAAAGGUUAUUUCAGUCAUUGAGUCAGAAAGAGUGUAAUACUCUUCUUGAGACUGCAGAGAAGAUAAAUAAAAUUGAAGAGUCAGAAUCUCAUUCUUUGAUAUCUAAGAUAGUUUCAAGAAGUGAUGAGGAAAAGACAGUUACACCUCAUUAUCAGUCAGCUAGGUUACAUGAUCAGAAAGCUGCAGAUGAAUCAGUGAAGAAAUCUGAGAGUGAAAGCUCAAAAGAUUCAGAUGUGACUGUAGAGAGAUUUAAACAGAAGUUUAUUACAUCAUUCAUUGAGCUAAAGAAGUCAUGGUCUUCAAAUACACAUGAAUUCUCUGACAGAGAUACAGAUGCAGAGGCAGUGACUGAAGAUGAGAUGAAGUCAGUAGCUCAGAUAGAAGUGAAAGUGAAGUCAGCAGCAGAAGACAUUUAUGAGAAGAAAGAUGAAGAGAAAUCAGAGCUGACUGAAGCAGAUAAACAGUGA